UUUUGAUCCGAUGGUGCGUGACAAAUCCGCUGUCACAAACUGAUGUGGUGUUUGUUUGAGACAAGAGAACAACGAGAGACAACGAGACAAGAGACAACGAGAGUUUAUACUUAUAAUUUUGAGAUAUGCCUACAAGGAAAAGAAAUUUCAUGGCUAGUACCGUUUCUUAUUCGAAGCGUAAGAAAAGAAGGAAAUCAGCAGAUGAGUUUCCCGCCGAUCGAAAGACUGCUUUGGCGAGAAGCGAUCUUGGGUCAUACUAUGAUCAACCGGCUAGUUGGCCAGAGGAUUUUGAGAAAUCACCCAGUUUAGGCUCAUCCUCAAGCGCCAAAAAACUUGGAAGAACUAAAGAAGAUGAACAGAAAACAAAUUAUUUUUCUGUUGUUAACAACACGUUAACAAGACCUGGUUUGGCGAUCGUCGACGGCCAUUCACUUCAAAGCGGUUUGGAACUUUCGGCGACAUGCAAUUUUUGUGGGGACGAAAUAGAAGUCCUCGAAGAUAUAACAACGAAACAUGGUUUAGGAGCUGUGUGGAUGAUUCAGUGCAGAAACAGCGAAUGUGAAGGACGAUCACUAACGAAAACUUUCCCUACGUCACCUAAAUCUGGUCACUUUGAAGUAAAUAGAUCGGUUGUAUUAGCAGUGAGGUCAAUUGGUCGUGGCCAUAGUGCGGCUCAAAAGUUUUGUAGUAUUAUGGGCCUUCCUCAGCCUCCUAACCAUUCAAGGUGGUCUGAACAUUCUAAAGUCAUUCAAGAAAAAUGUAAAGAAAUACUUGGUGAGGAGCUUCAACAAUCCGCUCUUGAGCUGAGAGACGUCCAUAAUGCUAAGAACGACAGUACUGUAGACGUGGGAGUAAGCCUCGAUGACUCUGGGUGUACUAGGGGAUGGUCGGCUACAGACGCCUGUGUGGGAGUAAUAUCCACCGACACUGGAAAAGUUGUGGACGUUGUGCACAAGACCAGUUCUUGUAGCGAGUGCAAGAAAAUGGAUGCACCGAGAGAAAAGGGAGAAGUUGACAAGAUGAACUAUCUAUCGUGGUUCUUGGAACACGAACCAAAGUGUAUGCUAAAUCACGAGGGAAGUUCUUCGGCGAUGGAGGCAGCAGGUGCAGUUGAACUAUAUCAAAGAUCAGUGGAAAAGAAUUUGCGAUACAUUCCAUUUAUUGGGGAUGGAGACAGCAAGGCCUAUAGUGAAGUCUGCCAAGCUCAUCCUUAUGACCCUGCAGUUUUCAUUCCUAAAGAGGAAUGUGUUUCUCAUGUCACUAAGAGGAUGGGUACGGCCUUGAGAGCUUUGACGAAAGAAUGCAAAGGUCGAAAAUUGAGGGAUGGAAAAGGGCUAACCGGUAAAGGAAGUCUGACUGUAAAACGAAUUGACAAAAUUCAAGACUUCUAUGGACUGGCAACCAGACGUAACAAAGGAGAUGCAAAGAAAAUGGCCAAAGCAGUAGUACAGUAGUACAACUGAGAACCCUCAACAUGAUAACUGCCCAACAGGAGCCGAUUCUUGGUGUAGUUAUCAAGUGGACUUAGCUAGAAGCACUAAGGUCCACAAGCCCAUAAAGGACCCUUUCACACCUGCCAUAAGAGAGAUAAUGCAGCCCAUUUUCGAUCGUCUGGGUAAUGAAAGUUUUCUAGCAAACUGUGCAAACUGCAUGACGCAGAAUGCAAAUGAAUCGCUUCAUCAUGUCAUUUGGAAUAUGGCCCCUAAAGAUAUGGCAAAUUCUACAUCUGAGAUAAGUAUUGCCAUUAGCAUGGGUGUGUUGCUGUUUAACCGAGGUUUCAGCCAUAC